UCACUUUCAAGAUUGAAUCUUGCCAUGUCAGUUGCCUCGAUGAACUCCACGUUAACAAUGUCAAUGCAAAGUGGCCGUGGAUUCCCUCACCGACUGUAUCCUUCAACUCCUCGGUUUUCUCGACUUCCGGUCACCCGCAUUUCUCCGGUUCCAACUUCCUUCCGUACUGCACUCAAAUGCAGGAGCUCUAUCUCAAGCACUCCACUCGUUACUGAUGAAUGGAAGUUUGUGGAGGCGGCCAAAAAAGGGAAUUUAGUGCCCCUUUAUCGUUGCAUUUUCUCUGAUCAGCUGACUCCAGUGCUUGCAUACCGCUGUUUGGUUAAAGAAGAUGAUAGAGAGGCUCCAAGUUUCCUCUUUGAGUCGGUCGAACCCGGUUCUCGGGCUUCUAGUGUUGGUCGUUUUAGCGUGGUUGGAGCUCAACCAACGAUGGAAAUUGUAGCAAAAGAAAACAAGGUUAUGUUUAUGGAUCAUGAGGCGGGGUGUUUGACUGAGGAGAUUGUUGAAGAUCCCAUGUCUAUUCCUAAGAGAAUAUCGGAGACUUGGAAACCCCAACUUGUUGACGAUCUUCCUGAUGCAUUUUGUGGUGGAUGGGUUGGUUAUUUCUCCUACGAUACUGUUCGGUAUGUGGAGAAGAAAAAGCUUCCAUUCUCGAAAGCACCACAUGAUGACAGAAAUCUCCCGGAUAUACAUCUAGGCCUCUACAAUGACGUGGUUGUAUUUGAUCAUGUGGAAAAGAAAGCAUAUGUAAUUCAUUGGGUGAGGUUAGAUCGACACUCCUCUGUUGAAAAAGCUUACGUUGAAGGAAUUGACCACCUAGAGAAGUUGGUGGCUAGAGUACAUGAUAUUGAGCUUCCAAAGCUAUCUCCGGGGACUGUAGAUUUACAAACCCAUCAUUUUGGCCCUGCUUUAAAAAAUUCAAAUAUGGAAAGUGAAGAGUUCAAGAAAGCUGUACUAAAGGCGAAAGAGCAUAUUUUGGCUGGAGAUAUUUUCCAGAUUGUAUUAAGUCAGCGUUUUGAACGGAGGACAUUUGCUGACCCCUUUGAAAUAUAUAGAGCUUUGCGAGUCGUGAAUCCCAGUCCAUAUAUGGCCUACCUGCAAGCUAGAGGGGGUAUUCUAGUUGCCUCGAGUCCUGAAAUUCUUACCAGGGUAAAGAAGAAUAAGAUUGUGAAUAGGCCACUGGCAGGAACAGCAAGGAGAGGAAAGACACCGGCUGAAGAUGAGAUGGCGGAAAAACAAUUGCUAAGUAAUGAAAAGGAAUGUGCAGAACACGUCAUGCUUGUUGAUUUGGGACGCAAUGAUGUCGGAAAGGUCUCCAAAUAUGGUUCUGUGAAGGUGGAGAAGCUGAUGAAUAUUGAACGAUAUUCACAUGUGAUGCACAUAAGCUCCACGGUUACCGGUGAGUUGCAAGAUCAUCUCACUAGUUGGGAUGCCCUCCGUGCUGCACUUCCAGUCGGAACUGUCAGUGGAGCACCAAAGGUGAAGGCCAUGGAGCUAAUUGAUGAGUUAGAGGUUUCAAGACGAGGCCCGUACAGUGGAGGAUUCGGGGGCAUUUCUUUCACCGGCGAUAUGGAUAUUGCUUUGGCCCUCAGGACUAUGGUAUUCACUACGGUACCCCGUUUUGACACUAUGUACUCAUAUAAAGGUUCUGACAGACGCCAAGAAUGGGUAGCCUAUCUUCAAGCUGGUGCCGGAGUUGUUGCGGAUAGUGAUCCUGAUGCUGAGCACCUGGAAUGCCAAAACAAAGCUGCGGGCCUUGCUCGUUCCAUUGACCUGGCUGAGUCUGCAUUCGUAAAUAAAUGAUUAUGCUACCUAACUAUUAUUC